AUGGUAGCAGAACCUAAGGAGGCACGGGCUGGAAUUAAAGUAGUUUACUUCCUCCUCUUCAAUCCAACUGACAAUAAGACAACUCUUGCAUAUGCAGAUAGAACUGGUAAAAUGUAUAGAGAGAGCAAGGGUGCUCCAGAGCAGAUUCUCAAUCUAGCACAUAACAAAUCAGAAAUUGAAUGGAGGAUAUAUUGUAUAAUUGACAGAUGUGGGUUCCAUUUCCUUGCAGUUGCUUGUCAGGAAGUAUCUACUGGUAACAAAGACAGUACUGCUGAAUUGUGUACUGCUCGACAUGGAAGAGAAGUAUCUAGUCCACAGAAAGUAAUGUUUGCAAUGACUCAUUAUAAUCCCAAUUUUAACCUAACUAACCAGCAGGAUGCAGAAGAAGCUUUCUUUCAUAUUCUAUCUUCUUUAAGAGAAGAAUUGGCAGAAUGUUAUGCAACAAAUCAUGGUUCUUUGGCAGAGGUGGCUGCCUUUCCAAAUUGUAGGAUUCUUACUCCAACGAGGUCUGUGCACCAAGGUGAACAGCAAAGGUGGCAGCGAGCAUUCAUUGGGCCUUUCGAUGGGAUUCUUGGCAGCAUUUUAACUUGCCAAAGCUGUUCAUUUCAGAUCUCUCUGGACUUUCAAUUCUUUCAUAGUUUGCACCUUUCGCCAAUGCUCAGUAGUGGUGCGACCAUUGUGGCUGGAUGCUCUGUAGAGGAUUGCUUGAAGCAGUUCUUUGUUGCAGAAAAACUGGAGAAUUACUGCUGCAGCCACUGUUGGCAUACUGCUGCAAUAAAGUAUUUAUCCUUGUUAGAUGAAAGUGAGACAGAUAUUGAACAAAUUAAUAGCUGCAUCGAGCAAAGUUCUUGUGGUUGCAAAAAUCUUUCUCGCCUUGGAGCACUACCUUGGUCGGAUAGAUUUUCACGUACUUUCAAACAAUUGAGUAUUGCACGUAGUCCAAAGAUUCUAUGCAUUCACCUGCAACGUGCUGCAAUAAAUUUAUUUGGAGAACUGGUUAAACUUCAGGGUCAUAUAUCUUUUCCGUUGAUUUUGAACCUGUCCCCAUUCAUGAAGGGUGGAGUGGGAAUAAAGAACUGGGAAGAAAAGUUUCCCAGUGGGCAAUCAAAGCAGCAAUUUCAACCACUCCCUUACUCCAACCACCUUAGCAUGAAACUUGAUACAAGAAUGCUAAAAGGCAUUUGUGAGCAAAUGGGGAAAAAGACUUCUUUUGAAGCAGUGGUUGCAGCAGAAUUCAGACAAACUGCAAUUGAAUCCUUGGGUAGCACUUGUGGGCAAGUUUUUCAAGGAGAACCUGCUUUGCUUGAUACUGGUGGCUGCUCAGACACCACAUUGUAUGGUAUGCCUAUGCAGUCUGGUGACAAGGUGGGCAUGACUUGCCAUUUGGCACCUUCGGACCAUCCUACAUAUCGUCUAGUGUCUGUUGUGCAGCACUAUGGACGAGCUGGAAGUGGACAUUAUACAGUUUACAGAAAAGUGGGAGCCAAGUUAAAUGACAAAGAUCCUGGUGGACCAUCGGAGUCUACGCUCAUGCGUUGGUUUUGUAUUUCAGAUUCUGAAGUGUAUAGCGUAUCUGAGGAAGAUGUUCUUGCUGCAGAAGCCAGCGUGCUUUUCUACGAGAAAAUUCAGGAGGGCUGAGAACAUUACUCAUUGUGGCUGUACUGUUUGGGGUUCGCAAUUUCACUUGGAGCUGCUGUGGUCUGUGAUCCCAGAUAGCCCACAAUCGGCCAUCCCUCCCCGCCCCCGCUACUUGUCUAAGGCGUUUUUUUUUGGAGGGGAGGGGGGAGGCAUUUAGCAACUUGAAGAUGCCGAGAAAAUUAAACAAAUGGAUUGAAAUGAUGAACUUUCUUGUGAAAAAAUAAUUUUGUUUUUAUAAAUUGCUGACCUUGUAUUAGAUAAAUUUUAGGAUAUAAGUUUUGAAAAAAUUGA